AUGAUUCUGAAUUUGUAUGCGUUAUGUGGGGAAGUUAGGGAUGCACGGAAGAUGUUCGAUAAAAUGCCGCAGAGAGAUGUUGUGACGUGGAAUACAAUGAUGACUGUGUUGGUGAAGAGAGGUGAUGUAGAGGAAGCUUAUGAUUUGUUUUUGAGGAUGCCGGAGAGGAAUGUGAGGUCAUGGACGUUGAUGAUUUCGGGGUUUGUGCAGCGCGGUAAGCCCAAGGAGGCGGUUCGUGUGUUUUUGGAGAUGGAGGAGGCUGGUGUGAGGGCGAAUGAGGUGACUGUGGUGGCGGUUCUCGCGGCGUGUGCUGAUUUGGGGGACUUGGAUUUGGGUAGGAGAGUUCAUGAGUACUCGAGCCGGAGUGGGUUUGGAAGAAAUGUUUGGAUUUGCAAUACUCUGAUUGAGAUGUAUGUGAAAUGUGGAUGCUUGGAGGAUGCACGUAGGGUGUUUGAUGCGAUGAAAGAUCGAACGGUUGUGUCGUGGUCGGCUAUGAUUUCGGGGCUGGCCAUGCAUGGACAGGCUGAGGAAGCUUUGAGGCUUUUCUCUAACAUGGUUGAGAUAGGGAUGGAUCCAAAUCAUGUAACUUUUGUUGGACUCUUGCAUGCUUGUAGCCACAUGGGGUUUGUAGACAAGGGCCGUGAGUUCUUCGAAAGAAUGACUGCAGAUUAUGGAAUAGUUCCGAGAAUUGAGCAUUAUGGUUGUAUGGUUGAUCUUUUAAGUCGGGCAGGGCUCCUUCAAGAGGCUUACGAGUUCAUAAUGAACAUGCCUAUAAAACCGAAUGGUGUUGUGUGGGGAGCUCUCCUUGGUGGAUGCAAAGUUCACAGAAACAUUGAACUGGCUGAAGUGGCAACUAAGCACCUUGCUGAACUUGAUCCACUGAAUGAUGGAUACUACAUUGUUUUGUCGAACAUUUAUGCAGAGGCACAACGGUGGGAAGAAGUGGCGAGUGUGAGAAAGCUAAUGAGGGAUCGAGGGGUGAAGAAGACACCUGGGUGGAGUUCAAUCACAGUAGAUGGGGUGGUUCAUGAGUUUGUUGCUGGGGAUGAAGCCCAUCCUCACGCUGAGGAGAUCAACCAAAUGUGGGAGAAACUACUUGAAAGAAUGAGGAUGAAGGGUUAUGUGCCCAAUACUUCAGUUGUUCUACUAGACAUGGAAGAGGAACAGAAGGAGAAAUUUCUCAGUCGCCAUAGCGAGAAAUUAGCCCUGGUUUUUGGGCUGAUCAAAACAAAGCCUGGAACACCAAUUCGAAUUAUGAAGAAUCUUCGUGUUUGUGAGGACUGUCAUGCUGCUUUGAAACUUGUAUCAGAAAUUGCGGAGAGAGAGAUAGUUGUGCGUGACCGAAACAGGUUCCAUUGUUUCAAAAAUGGUUAUUGUUCCUGCAGGGAUUACUGGUAG